UUUCCUGUGCUCCAGCGUGAUCCUCUAUAAUUCUAUCCUUGUUGUUUCAAAGUUAAUAAUUAGAGUUAGUUAUUAGUACUCAAGUGAACUGUGGUCUAAAGAUUAGGGAUAGAUAUAGUUUGUCUAGUUUGUGAGUUACUCGUACGUACAGACGGUUUCAAAGCCGAAUAGUUCAAGCGUUAUUUAAGUGAGCAAGGGUUAUCACUACCUUUUUUGCUCUACACAGAGACUGACCGUCUGCGCAUACUGAAAGUUUUCAAUUGUGGUGGGACUUUUCUCAGAGUAGUGUUUCACAAACACUUCAUUGAAAUUGCAAAGUUUACUUGUACUUGUAAUUUCAAGAAAGCUGUGCAUCCAUCCACCAACUAUGAUAAAUCAUUGCGUGUUGUUGUCUCUCUGGAUCUGAUAUCUCGCUAACUUUGUAAAUCUUACGCAAUCAUCUUUUAAAUAUUGACACACUCGUCACCCUUCACUGAUCGGAAUUGACAUUUUAUCGUAAACUACAAAACACACAAAAUGUCGGCAGAUCUGUCAGAGCUACCAAGCACACAACAACCACACUCGCUCUCGGCUAACCUAACCCGUUCAUCCGGUUUCCUUAGUUACAGUCACCGUGACACUCGGAACAUGUCCAUGGAUGAACUGGAAGAGGAGUACCAGCAAUUGAGAGACGAGAAUCAUCAACUUCAGCUCAGAAUUCUCGGCGUAAAUGAAUUAGCCCGCCUCCUUCAAGAUAAGAACGAGCAGUUGCAACUGGUGGAGGAGAAGAAUAAGAGACUUGAGGUAGCCGUGGUGCGCCUUGAAAACAGAUGUUCCAACAUUGAGAAAAUGAGUAAAAACCAGAAGGGUGGUCCCACUUCCCUCCCCUCCAAGACAGGGCAGUCACCAUUCAUCCCUGGUCCCUCACGACAGAUCCUCGAGGGCCUCAUGAAAGAGAACUCAGAGCUAAAGAAAACACUGAACAGUUUGACAAGGAAAGGAGCUUCAGGAUACUUAGAGGCAGUGAAAAUCACGCAACUAGAGGAGGUGAUCGAUUGUCAAAAAGAUGAGCUCCAGUUCACGAGGGACCAGAUACGUCAGCUGACGGGUGGUGACACAGACUCUAAGGACAACUCCGGGGGACUGUCCCUACCAUCCAACGUGUCAGACACUGGACCACUCAAGAGACAGCUCAUCAAGCUACAGCAUGCUACAAAGGUCAAGGAUCGUUUCUGUGCACUUUUGAGUCAGCAAAUUGCCGAGCUCCAAGGGAAACUGUCGGUUGCCCAGCAACAAGCCGGCCAAUCAGAUACCUUGACAAAGGCGACCCCCCAGGUAGAACAAACUGAUGCUCCCUCUGGCAUGCAAGCUAGGUACGAGAAGUUGUUGGAGGACAAGACUAACGAGUUAGACCAGUUGCGGACUAGCCACGCUUCCUCACUUGAGAAACUCGAGCGUGUCGAUCGAGAGCUCAAGAUCAAAGCCAAAGAAGCCGACGAUGUGGACAAGCUGAGGGACCAACUGGACCUCUACAUAUCAGAGAAGGGAGAGCUACUACAGACACUCGAGAUUGCACAGAAAGAUCUCGAGAUGCUCAUGAGCAAAGACUCUGGUGCAGGUGGCAUGGAAGGUGGUAUCUCAAUGGAGGCCUUCAAGAAGAUGGAGAGGGAGAGAGAUGACCUCAGGAAAGUGUUGGAAGAUCAGAGCAACCAGGCCACGGAGCAGCGUCAGAGCUACGAGACUGAGCUGCUGGUGCUCAAGACCCAGCUCGAGAAUGAGGAGUACAAGCGCGCCAUUGCCAGUAGCGAUAUGGAGCACAAGAUCAACGUGUUGGGACAAGAAAAGGCGGAGCUUAACAGAGAUAUUGACGCCAAGGAUGACAAAAUCACAGAGCUUCAAGACGAUAUCGACUGUUAUAAAAGUGAUGUGACGGAACUGAGAGAUGAGCUCAACCAGACCAAGAUAAAAAUGAGCAAAAUAAUGCAGUCCCCUCAGGGCCUCACUAUAGCAUCAAGAGGCACUUAUGGGAACUCUUCACCCUCGGGGAUUUCCAAUGAUGGUUCUAUAAUAUUCAGUCCCAACAAAGCUGGAAUGAUGGUGGCAGUCAAAGACGGCCCCUCCGGAGAUAGCAGGUACUCUGCCAAUCUUCACUGCGAGAAACCAAUCAGUCAUCAAGACAUCCGCACACCAGUGAUUUCCAGGGAUGCUAGGAGUCACGAGCGGCCCACUCAGCUGCCUCCCAACCAGUCCUACCAGCAGUACCCACCCCCUAACAUGGGGCGUUCCAGUCCCUCCAUGACUCCUGGAUCCUACUACUCAUACGGCACUCCCAUCACCCAGCAACCACCCCCUCGUGGUAUGCUCAACCCUGGUUACAGGAGUCCAGGGAUGUCAGGAAUGUACUCACGACCUGGCAACCCUCCAAUGCAGAUGCCUAGUAAGACUCCCACUGGCCAGCAACCACCGUCGUCCCCCUUCCGGACGUACACUCAGCCCAUAUCCACCCCAGUCCCCAUGGUAACAAGCCCCACCUACAUGCGUCCAGGCAGCUACCCCCAGAUAGUGCAGACUGACCACCCCCUCACGACCAGCUCGUCCAUAUACUCUCAGGGGGGCGGAGUCAUGUUCUCACAGCCGGGACAACGAAGAGUGAGUGGCGGUCCCCCUCCCUCUGGCGGUAUGCGUCAAGGCCACCCCUACCACCAGCAGCGACCAGAUGACGAGACAUCCAUCCCUGGAGGUCAAAGGUCACCUUCUCCCAACCCCCGUCGCAAUUCCUAAACUGAUACGAGAGCUUAUUAAUUAGUGAUUUCUCUCCCGACUGUCAUAAAAAUAAUUUGCACGAGUUUCUAUACUAAAUUGAGAAAACAUUCACAUUCCUGUUCAAUUUUUUUGUGUGGUCAGUCACAGUACAUAUAUAAGAAGUAUACAAGUUCAUUGUAAUUGAUUGUACUAUGCAUGAUUGUUGUAUUAUAACGUUACAUAAAUUA